CUCUGUGAGGGGAUGGGGAGCCGCGCGAGCGUGGGGGAGGCGGCGCGAGAGCGGCCGGAGCGGGAAGGAGCGAUGCCGGGCCCCGGUGAGGAGGCGCCGGGCGCCGGGGGGCAGCUGAGCCGCUCGCAGGUGUGCGGGAUGCUCCGGCAGGAGCUGAGCCGGGACGGAGCCUUCCUGCAGGGCCACCCGCACGUCCUCGUCAUCCUCGGCGCCUCCGGUGACCUGGCCAGGAAGAAGAUUUACCCCACGAUAUGGUGGCUGUUCCGGGACGGGCUGCUCCCCGAUGACACGCGCGUCGUCGGCUUCGCCCGCUCGCCCCUCACGGUGGAGCUGAUCCGGGAGCAGACCCUGCCCCACCUCAAGGUGUCCCCCGAGGACGGCCCGUGCCUGGAGCUGUUCCUGUCCCUGCAGAGCUUCGUGCAGGGUCAGUACGGGGACGAGGCCUCGUUCCGGGCGCUGGACGCUCACCUGCGGGCACUGCCCGGGGGCGACCGCGCCCACCGGCUCUUCUACCUGGCCCUGCCCCCCAGCGUGUACACACCUGUGACACAGCACCUGAGAGCGCUCUGCAUGGGACAGGGGUGGAACCGCGUCAUCGUGGAGAAGCCGUUUGGGCGGGACCUGAGCUCGUCGGAGGAGCUGUCGGCGCACCUGAGCGCGCUGUUCCGCGAGGAGCAGAUCUACCGGAUGGACCACUACCUGGGCAAGGAGAUGGUGCAGAGCCUGAUGGUGCUGCGGUUCGGUAACCGCAUCUUCGGGCCCAUCUGGAACCGCGACAACGUGGCCUGCGUGGUGCUGACCUUCAAGGAGCCCUUCGGCACCGAGGGCCGCGGCGGGUACUUCGACGACUUCGGCAUCAUCCGGGACGUGAUGCAGAACCACCUUCUGCAGCUGCUCUGCCUCGUGGCCAUGGAGAAGCCGGCGUCCACCAACCCCGACGACGUGCGUGACGAGAAGGUGAAGGUGCUCAAGUCCAUCAGCCCGGUGGAGCUGCAGGACGUGGUGCUGGGCCAGUACGUGGGCGACCCCGAGGGCCCCCCCGAGGCACAGAAGGGCUACCUGGACGACCCCACGGUGCCCGCCGGCUCCACCACGCCCACCUUCGCCACCGCCGUGCUGCACGUGGCCAACGAGCGCUGGGACGGUGUGCCGUUCGUGCUGCGCUGCGGGAAGGCGCUGAACGAGCGCAAGGCCGAGGUGCGGCUGCAGUUCCGGGAGGUGCCCGGGGACAUCUUUGCCCGGCAGUGCAAGCGCAACGAGCUGGUGGUGCGCGUGCAGCCGCGCGAGGCCGUGUACGCCAAGCUCAACACCAAGAAACCCGGCAUGUUCCUGCGGCCCGAGGAGUCCGAGCUCGACCUCACCUACGGCAGCCGCUACAAGGACGUGAAGCUGCCGGACGCCUACGAGCGGCUGCUGCUGGACGUGAUCUGCGGGAACCAAAUGCACUUCGUGCGCAGUGACGAGCUGCGCGAGGCCUGGCGCAUCUUCACCCCCCUCCUGCACCAGAUCGAGCAGCGCCGCGAGCGCCCCCUCCCGUACCGAUACGGCAGCCGUGGCCCCCCCGAGGCGGACGCGCUGCUGCGGCGGGCGGGGUUCCUGUACGAGGGCACGUACCGGUGGGUGCCGCCCCCCGGGCCCGAGCCCCGCCCCUGACCCGCGGACGGACCCAAAAACAGCCCCGGGCUCUGGGCGGGGGGCGCCCCAGGGACCCCCAUGGACCCCCUAUGGACCCCCCAUGG